AUGGAUAAUGGGAGUCAAAUGCCUCGUGUUGUUGAUCUUAGAGAUGAGACUGUUGUCUUUCCUAUGCCUUUGCUGCCUUCCUCAGUAGAUUUUAAUCCUCCUGAGGGCAAUGAUGAAGUUCAGAAUCCUAUUGAUGUCAAUUUAGAACCACCAGUUGUAGAUAAUGAGGGGCCUGAUACAGUUGAUGAAGUUGUACUUUUGAGGAGAUCUCAAAGGAUUCGUAGACCUGUAAUAUCAAAUGAUUAUGUGGUCUAUUUACAGGAACACAAAUUUGAUGGUGCUAAUAUUUCUGAUCCCAUUUCUCAUCAAGAGGCUAUAUGUGGUCCUAAUUCUUCAGAAUGGAUGAGAACCAUGCAGGAUAAACUAUCUUCUAUGUAUCACAAUCAAGUCUGGGAUCUUGUUGAAUUACUAGAUGUUUGUAAAGCUAUUCACAGUGAUAGGUCUCGAGGCAUAUUAAGUUUGUCUCAAGGAACUUAUAUUGAACGAGUUCUUAAGAGAUUUAACAUGCACACUUGCUCCUUUUCUGUUGCACCUGUUUUGUCAGGCGAGAAACUCUCUAAAGCUCAGUGUCCUCAGGAUGACAAGGAAAGGACUGAAAUGGAAAAGAUUCCAUAUAGUUGUGCUAUUGAGAGUUUGAUGUAUGCUCAAGUAUGUACUCGUCCUGAUAUAGCAUUUGCUAUUAGUUUCCUUGGUAGAUACUUGAGUAAUCCUGGAUGGAGUCACUGGAAAGCUGCAAAGAAAUUUAUGAGAUAUUUGCAGGGUACUAAGAAUUAUAUGUUGACUUAUAAAAGAUCUGACAAUCUGAAAGUCAUUGGAUACUCUGAUUCUGACUUUGCAGGCUGUGUAGAUGAUAGAAAAUCUACUUCUGAUUAA